CACCGAUGUGUCCUCCCUCUUCCUCGUCUUAUCCUCCUCCGGAUCCUCCCGCUGUUUUCAAGCGGCCUGGAAAAAAAAAAAAAAUCCAGAACGAGGAAGUGCUGACGCACGGGGCCCCACAGAUACUCCCCGAGGCUAGCCGCCCGGACGGCCCAAAGAUCUAGGGCGAGGACCAGACCGGAAAUGGUGGUUUCUAUGGUAACCCCUGAGCGGGUUGCCUGGGAGAUGACCCCUUUUGGUCUCUUUGAAUCUUAGCUGUAGGAUUACCUCGAAGGAGGAUUGAACAUCCUGGACUGUCUCCUGCCAUGAUUCCCGGAAAAUAUCGCUCCGUUUCUGGCCGAGCUGCAAAUAACGUGAACUGUGGACUUCAUCUGGUUAUUCAAACGUCGUCACUUUCUGACAAAAACAAAGUUGAAUUCAGGCUUAACAGAGAAACACCACCAUUUCCUGGUAGACUGUUACAGCAUGACCUGGAGAGGAACUACUCAAGCAGGCAAGGAGACGGAAGAGUAAUAAGUCCUUCGCCUCGUAAUAAGUCAUCAUGCAUCUCAUCCACAACUAACGUGACAGACCUCUGUGGGCUGGACAUGAGAGCUGCCACAACCUCCUUGUCAGCAUUUGGAGACUCUUCCAUUCAGACACCUUCAAAGCCGAGAAUCCGGCAGGGCUGUCAUAGUGCUGGCCCCAAUGUAUCUGGUGACCACAUUAGUCUGGUGAGCUCAUCCAUGCCGGCGUUUCCUAUUCUCCAGCGCUCUUCUGAAGAGAAAACACUUUACUCAGACAGGCUGACCCUAGAAAGACAAAAGUUGACUGUGUGCCCUAUCAUCGACGGGGAAGAGCACCUUCGUUUGUUGAACUUUCAGCACAAUUUUAUAACUCGGAUCCAAAAUAUUUCUAAUCUACAGAGGCUAAUAUUCUUGGACUUAUAUGAUAACCAGAUUGAAGAAAUUAGUGGACUUUCUACUCUGAAAUCCCUUCGUGUCCUCCUGUUAGGGAAAAACAGAAUCAAGAAAAUCUCAAAUCUGGAGAAUCUAAAAAAUUUAGAUGUCUUGGACCUUCAUGGAAAUCAGAUUACCAAAAUUGAAAAUGUUAAUCAUUUGUGUGAUUUGAGAGUUCUAAACCUUGCCAGGAAUCUCUUGAGUCAUGUUGACAAUCUCAACGGCCUGGAUUCACUAACGGAACUUAACCUUCGGCACAACCAGAUCACCUUUGUGAGAGAUGUGGAUAAUUUGCCCUGCCUCCAACGCCUCUUCCUCAGCUUCAACAAUAUAACUAGCUUUGAAAGUGUUUCCUGCCUUGCCGAGUCAACUUCCCUCUCGGACAUCACCUUUGAUGGCAACCCAAUAGCUCAAGAGUCAUGGUACAAACACACGGUCCUUCAGAAUAUGAUGCAGCUGCGCCAGCUAGACAUGAAGAGAAUCACGGAAGAAGAAAGACGCGUGGCAUCUGUUGUGGCCAAAAAAGAGGAGGAGAAGAAGAGGGAGAGUCACAAGCAGUCCUUGCUGAAGGUACAUCCUUCAGUGAGGCCUCCACUUGCUCAGGAGGACACCUCGACGCUGGCCAGCACACAGGAACAUGGCUUUCAAAACUAAGUCUGUGUUUUGAGAAGAAAAGGUUAACCAUUAACAAUGUCGCUCGAAAGUGGGACUUGCAGCAGCGAGUAGCCAACAUUGCCAGCACUCAGGACAGAAAGGACUCGGAGUCUCCGCCUCAGGAAUCCUGUCAGCUCGACGGAGGCAACAUCUCUGCCUUUCCAGAGGAAGCAGGGUCUCUAGAUGCAGGGCUCAGCAGUGCGUUACAAGGCUUGUCUGUCACAGAAACACACUUGGUGGAGAUAGACGGAGAAACCCUCUCACUGUACGGCUCAGGGGCGCUGGAAUGCCUGGAUCGAAACUGGAGUGUUCAAACAGCCGGCAUGGUCACCACGGUCUCAUUCACGUUCAUCGAGUUUGAUGAAAUUGUCCAAGUACUUCCCAAACUGAAGAUGAAGUUUCCAAAUUCUCUGCACCUUAAAUUCAGGGAGACCAACCUUGUGAUGCUGCAGCAGUUCAAUGCCCUGGCACAGCUGCGUCGGGUUGACCAGUUGACAAUCGAUCCUCAGGGAAACCCAGUGGUCAACUUUACACUCUGGAAGUACUACGUGCUGUUCAGGCUCAGCCACUUCAGCAUGCAGAAAAUAAAUGGAACAGAGGUGACUCAAAAUGACAUGAUAAUGGCUGAAAGGCUCUUUGGAAUCUUAGCACAUGUAGCAUCCUCCGAGCUGCCCCAGUACCGCAUGAUUUCAAUUCUGGGUGAUGCCAGGAAAAAGCAAUUCCGAUAUCUACUGGAAAGCAAAGGUAAAAAGCCUGGCAUCAUCUGUGAGGAGACCAGUGACAGCAAGAGGUUCUUGGGGGAAAACACGAACCGCGCUACCCUGAAUUACACCACCCGAGAAUUCUACCACGAGAAGCUGGAAGAAAUAAAGGACAAGAAGAAGUUCUGCAGGUUGUAUGUAGAAGACCUGGUGAAGGAAGCCACAGCCAUCAACAUGAAAAACGAGGCUCUGCAGAAGCUGUGGCCACAGAUGUUCAUCGAGCUUGUGAGAGACGCUGUCAUAGAGAUCCGCAGCAAGGAUUCCUACAUGAAACUCUGCCUGCAGCAGAUCACUGACCAGAAAUAGGGAUGGCUGCUACUUCAGACUUGGGCAAUUGGAGCUUUUUCGAAGUUUGGUAAGAUGCAGGUUAGACAUGAUGAGACACCACCACUACCGCACAGUCUAGAAAGAGUGGCAUCAAAGCCUGCCCCCCCCCCCCCCCCGCACUGUGGAGAAAGGAGGGAGGCAGGAGAGAGGGGGACUCUUUCCCGUGCAUGCUGACCACACAACCUUGGGAAACCAAGCAGCGACUGGAGGAGGCCUGGCUGCUGGGUCAGAAAUGCUUCUUCGGCUCCCGCUCUGACUGGUGAGUCUGCCCCAGUCCCAAGCUCGCUGUGUGCUGAUGGGCUAGCAUGAGAUGCCUCCACCAACCUCCAGCUGAGACUUUCCUCUUUUUUUGCCUUUUUAUUUUAUGUCAUGAUUUCAAAGCCAAGCAUAUGUCUUUUUUUAAUGAGUGAAGAAUAAAUACAUUAGUUAAAAAAAAAA